GGCAAAGUCCAAGAAAGAAAGAUGUAAAAAGUGUUUAUACCUGAGAGAAGACCAUUGCCUGCAUUGCAUCCGACAUCCAUGUCUCCAGAAAUCUUCUUCUUCCUCGUCAUCUCCCACCUAUGUUGUACUUUUAGCAGCAGCAGCAUCACUUCAACAUCAAAAGCCACUUGGGUCCAGUCUGGUUUCUGGCAUGCCAGCAGUCAGUUCCCGGUGCCAGACAUCAGUUCAUCUCUAUACACACACCUCGUCUUUGCCUUUGCCUGCAUCAAUUCCUCCACUUAUGAGCUCUACAUACCCCCCUCCGAUCAACCCUACAUCUCAACAUUCACAGAAACCAUCAGACGCAAGAACCCGUACGUCAAAACUCUACUGUCAAUCUGGGCAGGGAAAGAGGAAGCCCCACACUUCUUCUCAAUGGCUAACCAGUCUUCCAGCAGGAAAUCAUUCAUCAACAGUUCCAUACAAGCCGCCAGGAAAUACGGAUUCCAUGGCCUGGAUCUCUACGGUGUCCUUCCUAACACCGAGUCAAAUAUUGGGCUUUUCAUGGAUGAGUGGCGGGCAUCUGUGGACUCUGACUCACGGGCCCCACGGCUGAUCUUGACAAUGGGAGCACACUACUCCCCAGAGCUGGACUCCAUGACUUACCCUGUUGAUUCAAUGGUUAGACACUUUGAUUGGAUUCAUCUCAGGUCAUACGGCUACUAUCUGCCUAAAAGAGAUAACUUCACUGGACCACAUUCUGCUCUAUACGAUCCCUUAAGCAAGUUAAACACUGAUUACGGCAUAAGGGAAUGGUUCAGAAAAGGGUUUCCUCCAGAAAAAUUGACCAUUGGUCUACUGUUCCAUGGCUACGCUUGGACACUUGUGAACCCGCAGGACAACACUGUGGGAUCGCCUGCAAAAGGUUUGGCCAUAACACGAGAUGGGUCAAUGAACUAUAAAGACAUAAAGAAGUACAUGAAUGUCUACAAUGUCACACCGGUGUACAACUCCACUUAUGUUGUGAACCACUUCACGGUAAAAUCGUCUUGGAUCUGUUAUGAUGAUGUCGAGGCAAUCAAGACUAAGGUUUCCUAUGCGAAGAAGAAAGGACUUCGUGGUUACACUAUAUUUCAAGUUCCUUACGAUGAUGCCAAUUGGUUGCUCUCUAGAGCAGCUCAGGGCACAGAAGAUGGUCAGCAUAACAUGAAGGGAAGUGAAUUGGCAAUUUUAUUGCCCGCAUGCACGUUGGGUGCUUUCCUCCUAUGUGCUGCAAUAUGUUGUGUGACAGGGAAGCCCGGUGAACUACCCAAUGGACAAGAAAUUGCAGUUAAACGUCUCUCCCAAUGCUCUGUGCAAGGAGUGGAGGAGUUCCAAAACGAGGCGUAUGAGAUGUGGAAGACUGACAGGAGCGAGGAGUUCACGGAUCCGUCAUUGGACGAUGCUAUGUCGCCGUGCAAGAUGAAGAGAUGCCUGCAAGUGGCUCUGCUAUGCGUUCAGGAGAGAUGGGAAGACAGGCUGUCUAUGUUGGAGGUUUACUCGAUGCUCAGUAAUGAUUCUCUAACCCUACCUGCUCCGAAAAUGCCUGCAUUUGCAAGACAAGCAGGACACGACGAAGGUGCUUAUGGUGACUUCAGCCCUUGUGGGGAAGAGGACUGUUCCGUGACGUUUGCAACCACUUCUACCUCCGAGCUCAUCCCGCGUUGAUGUUAUGGAGCUUUAAACAUCCAAAUAAUCUUUGGAAAUGUCAAUUAUGAAUCUAUAGAAGAACUAACGCUGUGUUUGAAUAGGAGGGGCAAAAUAUAGUGAAGGGAAGAGAAAAUUCUGUGGAGGUGGGGAAGGGAGGAGUGGGAUCUUGUUUGGAUUCAAACAUUUUGCAGGAGGAGAAGUUCGCACAUGAACUGUGCUUCG